CCUAAAUGCCAUUGAAAAUUUAAGGCACAGGGGAGGAAGGCGCCUUAACAUUGGGGAAGCUCUCCAGUUUGUGAGGCACAGUGUCUUCACUUCCUCCAGGGGCAGUAGAAGACUGGAAGGAGUUCCCCAAAUGUUAAUUCUUCUAAGUAGCAAACCAUCUACUGAUAAUGUAAGAGGCCCAGCCUUUGCUCUUAAAGAGCAUGAAAUUGUGUCAGUGGGAGUUGGAGUGGGAGAUGCCAGUCUUUCAGAGCUGGAAACAAUUGCCUUCAAACCUGGUUUUACAUACAAGGUCACUGGUUUUUCCAAGUUGCCCUCAAUCCAAUCACAACUCGUUGCUACACUCAACAUAAACAAAGGAACUCAGGAAACCGAGACUGGAAUCUCGGAUUUAGUAGGGAGCGAAAAGAGGGACAUAGUGUUUCUCCUUGAUGGUUCAGAUGGCUCCAGAAACGGACUUCCUGCUUUUCGAGAAUUCAUCAGAAGAACGGCCGAAGAGCUCGACAUUGAUGGAGAUAAGGUUCGAGUGGCAGUUGUAUUGUAUAGCAACAACGCGACAGUUUACUUCGACCUAAAAACUCACAGAUCCAAAAAGGCCAUCAUCUACGCUGUGAGAAGUCUUCGCCAUAAAGGAGGAAGACCUCGGAACACCGGGGCUGCUCUACAGUUUGUGCAAGACCAUGUUUUUACGGAUUCAUCCGGGAGUAGAAGACUAGACGAUGUCCCUCAGAUUCUGUUUUUACUUACUGGAGGCAAAUCCAAUGAUGAUGUGACCAGAGCUGCAUCAGACCUAAAACAAAAUGGUGUUCUAUCUUUGGCCAUUGGAAUGAAAGAUGCUAAACAACAGGAGCUUCAAAAAAUUGCCUUCUCAUCCAGAUUCCUUUUCAACCUGCCUGUCUUUGGUGAACUUCUGUCCAUUCAGCCGGAGAUUGCUGCAUUUCUACAGUCGAAAAUACCAAUUGAGCCUCCUACUGUUGUAGUUGAAUUAGAGUCCCCACAGAGAGACAUAGUCUUUCUAUUGGAUGGGUCAGAAGGCACACAGAGAGAUUUCCCAGCAAUGAAAACUGUUGUGCAAAGAGUGGUAGAAACCCUCAGUAUUGGUGAGAACAAAGAUCGUGUUUCUGUGGUCCAGUAUAGCAGCGAUCCACGGACACAUUUCAAUUUAAACACUUACAUGGAAAAAGAAGAUGUCCUCAAUGCUCUCCAGGAGUUGACCCACAAAGGGGGGAGUCCACUCAACACAGGCGCAGCUCUAGAGUAUGUGAGAAAAAAUGCUUUUACUGACUCCUCCGGGAGUCGGCAUCAAGAAGGUAUCCCUCAGAUAUUGAUUCUGCUGACUGGCGGAAGAUCUCGAGAUGAUGUUGCAAGUGCAGCUGUGGCUCUAAAACAGGGACAAAUUGUUCCUUUCUGUAUUGGCACCAGAAGUGCAGACAUACUGGAGCUCCAAGUGAUUGCACAUAAUCCUUCCUAUGCUUUUUCUGUGCCUCAAUUUGAUGAUAUUGGGAGCAUCCAACAACAACUUGUGUCAUUUGUGAGAAGGGUGCCUCGACAGCAGCCAAGACUAAAACCACAUAAUGUAUUAGGAUCUGCAGACCAAAAUGAAUCCAUUCAGCGUGAUAUUGUAUUCUUAUUGGAUUCUUCAGAUGAAAUGCAAAAUGAAUUUCAGCCAAUGCUUGGCUUUGUUGAGAGGAUGGUAGCGAAACUCAAUGUGGACGAGAGCAACGACCGCGUCUCAGUCGUGCAAUACAACAGGGAAGCUUCUGUUGAAUUUCUUCUGAACACAUACACAACUCGGCAAAAUGUUAUGGCCAAAGUGCAAAGUCUGAGACAUAAAGGAGGCAAACCCCUCAAUACUGGUGCAGCCCUCCAGUAUGUCAAGGAUCAUGUUUUCACAGCCUCUUCUGGAAGUCGACAUCAACAGGGUGUUCCUCAGAUAUUGGUUCUCUUCACUGGUGGACGCUCCAGUGAUGAUGUCAGAAAUGCGGUAGAACAGUUGAAAGGAUUUGGCGUGAUGGUGUUUGUGGUCGGGACAAAGAACGCAGAUAUCCUUGACAUUCAGACUAUUUCACAGGAGUCCGGUCGGGCUUUCUUUGCAGCAGAUUCCAGUGAUCUUUUAGGAAUUGAACAACAAAUAUUUACUGCUACCAAGAGGGGUGCACUUCCUGCUCUCACACCAGGAUCACAUGAUCCCAGCAGAAGAGAUGUUGUAUUUUUGCUUGAUGGUUCUGAUGAUUCUCAGCAAGGCUUCCAGGAUAUUAAAGACUUUGUGCAGAGAGUGGUGGCAGACCUACACGUCGAUGCAAACAAAGAUCAUGUGGCUGUGGUUCAGUAUAGUAACACGGCACAAAUGAAUUUUGACCUGAGACAUUACUCAGCAGAGGAGGAUGUGCUUGAUGCAGUAAGACGUCUAAAUCAUAAAGGUGGUUCUCCUCACAACAUUGGAGCAGCUCUGGAGUAUGUGAGGGAACAUGUCUUUACUCCAGAGUCAGGAAGUAGACUCCUGGAGAGAGUUCCACAGAUACUCAUACUUGUGAGUGGUGGAAGAUCUGGAGAUGACAUAAGAACCUCAGUGAGAAUGCUGAGAGAGAUUGGUGUCAUGGCAAUUACCAUUGGAACAACCAAUGCAGACACCCUAGAGCUUCAAACAAUAUCUCAUGAACCCAAAUACUCACUCUCUGUCACUGAUUAUGAGGAACUUCCCUCUGCUGCACGGGAUAUAUUAUCAUUGUUAAAGGAGGCUUCCCCAAAUACAGAGCAAACUGCUCCUGCUAAGGAUUUUGAUUCAAAGAAAAACGAUGUUGUUUUUCUUGUUGAUGGAUCAUAUGACUCACGAAAUGGUUUCGAAGAGAUUCGAGCUUUUGUAGAAAAAACAGUUGAAAGUUUAAAUCUCAGGGAGAACAGAGACCAAGUGGCUUUUGUACAAUACAGCCGUGAUGCCACAGCCAAUUUCUACUUGAACUCCUAUGCAUCCAAGAAUGAUGUGCUCAGUUCCAUUCGGACAAUGAGGCACAAGUUGGGACGUCCCCUCAAUAUUGGCAAAGCACUGACUUUUGUCAGAGACAACGUCUUUGCUGCUUCAGUCGGAGGCAGACAUGCAGAAUCAGUCCCUCAGUAUCUGUAUGUGUUCAGUGGUGGCCGAUCAGGGGAUGAUGUCAGAGGACCAGCACAGUCACUCAAAGAAAAUGGAAUAAAGACUUUUAGUUUUGGAACAAAGAAUUCUGAUACAUUGGAAAUGCAAACCAUCUCUUUCACACCAGCACAUUAUUUCCCUGUGACAAACUUUAACAACCUGCAAAGCAUACACUCAUCAGUGGAAGCAACUUUGAGGGGCACUCAAGAAACGACUGAAUUCCCAACCGUUAUUGACACUUCCACAAUUGCAAAAUUAGAUCUUCAGAGUGCAGAUAUUGUUUUUCUCUUGGAGGGAUCUGAUGAAAUGCGAGCGAGUGAAAAAACUAUUUUGGACUUUGUCAGAGAUUUUGUAAAGCCAUUGGAAAUUGGUCCCAGCAAAGUACAAGUUGCUUUGAUUCAGUACAGCAAAGAGCCCACUGCUGAUUUUCACCUGAACACGUACUCACUGAAAGACAACAUCAUGAGUCAUUUAAGUAAUGUCAAACUGAGAGGAGGUGUCACCACGAACACCGGUGGAGCUCUUGAUUAUGUGAAGAGCAACGUGUUGUCUGCUUCAUCUGGAAGCCGAGCCCGGCAGGGAGUCCCACAGAUACUGAUUCUCUUAAGAGGGAGAAAGUCAGAAGACAACCUCUUUGGUCCAGUGGAGAGACUGAGAAAGGCUGGAAUUGUUCUUUUCAGUGUCUGGGUAAAGAAUGCAGACAGACAGGAGAUGGAUCAAUUGGCACAAAGUUCAACGGAACAGUAUUUUAUCAAGGAGAAGUCUGACUUCCCUCUUUUGAGUGAGCAGUUGCUCUCAGCCAUUGCAUCUCACAAAGGCACAUCCAGCACUGGUGUAGGUGAGUGAC